AUGGAACACGCGCGACCUCCCGUAGGAUUAGUGCUCGAAGGCGGCACCGCUGCUCGAGCAGACUCAUGGCGCAAGUGGCGGAAACAAUUUGAGAUGUUUCUUAAAGCCUCGGGAGUGGCUAACGAGAAAAGUUCAGUGCAAGCUAGUUUACUGGUCAACCUCAUUGGAUCGCUGGGUUACGAAAUUUAUUCGACCUUCACGAUUGUCUGUGGUAUCAUAAGUAACAUUGUACGUGAUCGGCUACUUCGUACGGAUGAUUUAACAUUAGAAAAGGCGGUCCAGAUAUCUGAAGUGGCAGAAAUAUCGAAGGGGGAAAGUUCAUGCAUCGAAAAUGGUCCUGGCGGUAGUGAAAUGCGAGUUCAUGCUGUAAGGGAUGCAAGCGGUCGCAGCUACGGUGGUGUAAGACGCAGCCGUGAAUGCACAAAGGGCCGCUGCCUGGGGGUCGCCGGGGCGCGUCUGGAGCUGGCGCUGGACGCGGCAGCAUGCGGGCCGCCAGCCGAGCGCGAGGAGCUGCACGGUCACCUACCAGCCCUCCGCAUCCAUCAUCCCCACCAGAAGGCUUGGUGGUCGGCUGGGUCUUCUCGGACUCCGCAAGCGGCACCCGCCGCUGGUGGAGCACGUCGCAUGCGUUGGUCACAAGAAAUGAAUGCAAACGCACUGCGGGCGUACUUUAGGGCAAAAGGGGAAGAAACUGGAUGUUUGGCGUAUCGGGCUAGGAUGCAUCGUCUUUUUGCUGAGCUGGAGCCAUCUUUAAUCGUCACAGAGCAAAACCUGGCAGACCGAGUUCGGUAUAUCUUGCGCUCAAAUAUUUUUGAUGUCGCCGAACUCGAACGGCUACGACGUGAGGCUGUUCCCUCGUCGGAUGAGAAUGCUACGGCUGAGGAUGCGGCGCCACAAAUGGUAGAGCAACCCGCAAACGUGGAUGCCGCCGUGAAUACCCCAGUUGUGGUUGAUUCAAACGAUGAUGGAACAGUCGCCCAGGAACUGGAAUUAGAGCAUAUGAGGAGUAUAUUGGAAGAGGCGAUUGUGGAAACGCGCAGUACGCCUCUCGAAAAUCGACCGCGACUUCCCCGCAUAGCCCUAAGCAAGCGGAAUCGGGCUAUCGUGAGGGCUCUGAACCCAAUGCUGGUUACAUAUUUGGAAGCCAGCCGGGACCUUUGCGAGACGGACUCUAUUCUUUUUGGCGCCGCGCUGACAGUCUGCCGUAUCAUAGGCGCGAAGGUUUCCACGGCUGGACGCGCUACUGGCCAUAGUAGCGCUAUCCCAGCAUGGAGAAGAAGAAUUGAGGAACGUAUCGCAAAGGCUAGAGCUCUCAUCGGCAGACUGAUAUGCUUCAGAUCAGGCAACAACAGGCCAAGAAUUGUGCGCACCGUCAGGAUGGCGUUUGCUGGGACAAAUGUCAGUUUGUCCCAGCCGGAUAUAACGCAAAAACUGACGGAGCGCAUAGAUGAUCUGAAGCAGAGAAUCGCUGCUUGGGGAAAGCGGAUUCGGCGAUAUACCGAGAGGUCGACACGGUUCAACCAGAAUCGUCUCUUCCAGAGCGAUCAGAAGAGGCUCUAUGAAUCAUUGGAGCGACCAAUGGUAAGUGGAACGGGUCCAGCACCGAAUCAGGCCGACACUGUAGCAUUCUGUCGUGGCCUGUGGUUAGAGCCCGUUAACCACAGCGAGGGCCCUUGGACGGAAGUUGUGGCGAGUCAGUGUAAGGGUAUUACGCCCAUGGACCCCGUCAUCAUAACGCCGGAUGACGUAGCUGAGGCGGUCCGUAGGGCCCCGAACUGGAAAAGUCCGGGGCUUGACGGGCUGCAUCACUACUGGCUGAAGGGGUUCAUGGUGUGUCACUCUGUGCUCGCCCGACAGUUUCAAGAGGCUCUCAACCAGAAGUCGCUCCCAAGCCUCUUCACUACUGGGAUCACUCAUUUGGUUCCUAAAGACCAGGAAAAAGCAACUACGCUGCUGCUACUAUAG